AUUUAUUUAUAUCAUUUUUAUAAACAAAUAAAUUCUAUAUCUUUUAUAAAUUAAUAUCUUAGCUUUCUAGUUUUUCCAAAUCUUCAAAAAAACAAAUUCAAAAUGUCCACAGUCCCAGCUGGUAGUGUUGCAUGUUUGGCCAAUGCUUUGUUGAAUUUACGUAGUUCAACUGACCAUAAUGCUGAUCAUGGUGCUAAAAACUCUGUUUUAAACUUUACCAACUCAAAAGAAACCAACAGAUUUGAUGGAUCGGAAGCAUGGUGUGCCUCAAUCAAUGAUAAGAACCAAUUUAUUGUUGCAGGUAGUUUAGUAGUAAGUGAUUUUGUUGCUAUUUCAACUCAAGGUCGUGGUGAAUUUGAUCAAUGGGUUACUUCAUAUAAAAUCAGAUACUCCUUUGACAAUGUUACUUGGGUUGAUUAUAACAAUGGUCAAGUUUUCAAUGGAAAUACUGAUAGAAGCACAGUUGUAACUCAUGUAUUCCCACAACCAAUUCGUGCAAGAUCUAUUUCUAUCCAUCCAGUAACAUGGAAUAGCCACAUUUCACUUCGUUGGGAACUUUAUACCAAACCAGCAGUAAGUAACUUUGUGCAAAUUGGUCACACUUGCAUUGGUGAUAGAACUCUUAAUUCUGGUAAUGGCGUUCGUGAAGCUAUUCGUAAUGUUCAAUUUGGUAGAUCAUUCGGUAAGGUACCAAUGGUUUCCCUCACAACUACCCAUAUUGAUGAAGCAACUGAUAAUAAUCAAUUGAGAUACCGUAUCGAGGCUAUCAAUAUCACAGCAACCGGCUUUGAUGUUAAAUUUACUACAUGGGUAAAUAACUUAAUAUACGAUAUCUCUAUUGACUAUAUUGCAGUUGAAAAUUAAAAUAUAAAGUUAACAAAGUGAAAUAAUUUUCAAAUAAUCAUAAUUAUUUCCAAAUAAUAAACAAAUUUUAUUUAAAUAAAAAUAAAAAUUUUAACUUUAUUU